AUGGCAUCUAACGAAGUUUUAGUUUUGAGAGGUACCUUGGAAGGUCACAACGGUUGGGUCACAUCUUUGGCUACUUCUGCUGGUCAACCAAACCUAUUGUUGUCUGCUUCCCGUGAUAAGACUUUGAUCUCCUGGAAGUUGACUGGUGACGACCAAAAGUUCGGUGUCCCAGUCAGAUCUUUCAAGGGUCACAGUCACAUCGUUCAAGACUGUACUUUGACUGCUGACGGUGCUUACGCUUUGUCUGCUUCUUGGGACAAGACCUUGAGAUUAUGGGAUGUUGCCACCGGUGAAACCUACCAAAGAUUUGUCGGUCACAAGUCCGAUGUUAUGUCCGUUGACAUUGACAAGAAGGCUUCCAUGAUUAUCUCUGGUUCCCGUGACAAGACCAUUAAGGUCUGGACUAUUAAGGGUCAAUGUUUGGCUACCUUGUUGGGUCACAAUGACUGGGUUUCCCAAGUCAGAGUUGUUCCAAACGAAAAGGCUGAUGAUGACUCUGUCACCAUCAUUUCCGCCGGUAACGACAAGAUGGUUAAGGCUUGGAACUUAAACCAAUUCCAAAUUGAAGCUGACUUCAUUGGUCACAACUCUAACAUCAACACUUUGACUGCUUCCCCAGACGGAACUUUGAUUGCUUCCGCUGGUAAGGAUGGUGAAAUUAUGUUGUGGAACUUGGCUGCUAAGAAGGCCAUGUACACUUUGUCUGCUCAAGACGAAGUUUUCUCUUUAGCUUUCUCUCCAAACAGAUACUGGUUGGCUGCUGCCACUGCUACCGGUAUUAAGGUCUUUUCUUUGGACCCACAAUACUUGGUCGAUGACUUGAGACCAGAAUUCGCCGGUUACAGUAAGGCUGCUGAACCACAUGCUGUUUCUUUGGCUUGGUCUGCUGACGGUCAAACUUUGUUUGCCGGUUACACCGACAAUGUCAUCAGAGUUUGGCAAGUUAUGACUGCUAACUAA